AUGCUCAACUUGAUGCAAAUGAAUAUCAAGAAUGCAAUUGGAGCCACUGCUUGGAACUUGACCACUCCAUGUGUUAAGAACACAGGUAUCACAUGUGAUGCCUUAAAACAUAAUGUGAUAUCACUAUCACUUACCUCAACAUCACCAGUCGCCCUUCCUGAUGUAUUUGGUGCCUUUACCAAAUUGACUGGAUUGACUGCCAAGAAUGUAUACGUUCCACAUAACUUCUGGUCAUUCCCCAACAAUGUUGUUUUCCAAUAUUAUACUGGAUAUGAGGAGAAUAUUCAAUCAGUUCCAUCUGAUUGGGGCUCAAAGUUCCCAGACUCAUUCAACUAUUUGACUAUUUAUAGGUUCUCUGGAAGUUCAUUCCCAUCAACAAUCUUUAAUGCACCAGGUCUUCAAUUAUUCUACAUAUAUGGUGCUACCGGUGAUGUCACACUACCAGAAUCAUCUGGCACAGUAACCAUUGGUAACAUGGCAUUCCCAGUCACCAGUGGAACCAUCCCAAUGAGCUGGACUCAAUCAUUCACCAAGUUGAAUGCACUCGAGUUUAUUGUUACCAAGACUGCUUGGACCUUUGAUUCAUUCGAUCAGUUCAAAUCAUUCCAGUUCUCCGUCCAAUUCACAUUCCCACCCAACGCCAACAACCCAGCACCUCAAUCAAUUCUCCCACAAUCACUCUUUGUUUCAAGCUCCCCUGUUGGACAAUUACACAUCAAAGGUGAUGGAUUCAGAAUGCCAGAUGGAGUGAAUCAAUUUGAUUACACAAAGAAUAUGAAGUUGAAUAUGUUGGACCUAUCUAAUGCCCAAUGGUUCUAUAACAACUUGAAGUUCCCAGGUUGGUUCAGAAGACCAUUCGGUGCAACCAGCAUCCUCUACUUGAAUGGAAAUGUUCCAACUGAUAUUGGUAGCAGAUUCGACCUCUUCACCAACCUCUCAAGAGUCUACAUUGGAUACAACUCUAUUGUUGGAUCACUCCCCGCCACCAACUACUCAAGCUACACCGAGUUCUAUAUCCAAAAUAACAGAUUUACUGGAAACCUUCCACAAGAGUUUUGUGAAGUCCCAUUAACAAUCAAGGCUAACUUGAACAACAAUACAUUGUCUGGACCAAUCCCAUCUUGCUUCCUUUGUGAGCCAGAGUUCCUCAAGAAUUCAAUCGUUUCCAUUACCGGCAACUCAUUCUCCAACUACAACAGCGCCACUCAGUACAUUGGUUGUCCAACAAUGAAGAUUGAUGGACCUUCUGCAUUGCCACCUACUAGUGGAGGAUAUGUCUAUGUUUCUGGAGUUGAUAUGGGUUGGACAAUCAAGAACCCAGAUACCAACAACCAACCAGAUGCUACGAUCACUUUGCCAAACAAGUACUUCAAAUUCCAAGUUAACCCAGGUACUGGUAUCGGAUACAACUACACAUACCAAUUCCACCAGGACAACAUACCAUACACUGUCAAGUGGGGAUACCAGCCACCAAUGAUCUCUUCGCUCUACUCUACAUCAAACAGCAACUUGACAAUCUAUGGAAAUAACUUUGGUCAAUGGAAGGAGGUUGUCACUGUGAAGGUCAACGACAAGGAACAACCAGUUAGCAAAGUGUCCCACACUAUGAUCACUCUCGGAUUUGCCUCUUCAAUCAAUGGCAUCCAAGUUGAGGUCACUGUCAAUGGUCAGUCAACCAAGUACGGAUCCACACCAUCAACUCAAGGUUCGACCACAUCCACUCAGGGUACUACAUCAACUCAAGGUUCAACAUCGACCCAAGGUACAACUUCCACUCAGGGAUCAACUACCUCUACCCAGAGCUCUACUACCACUCAGGGUUCAACUACCACCCAAAGCACAUCCACCUCCAGCUCCCAGACGAUCACGGCAACAAUCACAAUCUCAACAUCCUCAACAGACCCUCGCCCAUCAACUGGUUCAUCAUUGUCGUCGUCCAUGAUGAUCACGAUGAUCUCAAUCAUUGUGUUCCUAGCCAUCAUCCAACUCUAA